GAUAUGGAGCCGGCCGCGCUCGCCGCCUGACGCCGCGCGGCGGCGCGCGCAUGACGAGGGCGGCAUGUUCUUGGAGGACGGGGAGAAGGAGGACCUCUCCAAGGUCCCUGUGGCCGAGCUGAAGAAGCGCCUCUUCUGGUGCGGCGCUUCACUGCCCGCAGUGCCCGACAAGGCCGAGCUGAUAGCCGCUGUCUUGAAGGCCGAGUCUGAGAAAAGGUGGAAAGACGCCCAGGCGGCCAGACUCCGCCAGCAGAGGGAGAGGACGAAGGCCGAUCAGUCGAAGCCGGCGCCCCCGCGGGAGUCCAGGCCGCUCGACUUCGAUCAGAAGAUCGGCACCGAGGAGGACCAGGAGAUUGUGGCGCUGCACUGCAUGUCGGAAGGACAGCUUCGGACGAAGAUCGAGGAGUACGGGCACGAUGUGCCCAAGGGCGACGUCGGCAAGCACUACCUCGUGGCGCUGUGCAAGACGGCGGUGCGGAACAAGCGUGCCAGGAAGGAGAAGGCGGACUCGGGCGGCGGGGCCGAGGAGGACGUCGUGAUACCGACAACCCAGGAGCUCGCCAAGAUGAAACGUCCAACUGGCUCGGCGGUUUUCGUGGAAAUUGUAGCAAACGACCUGAUGAAGAGAUACGCGCCCAACGAGGUUGGCAAAGUCUUCAAGAUCAUCAAGGACGACGGAGGCUCGUAUCCCUACAGGCUGGCCCGCUGCGAAGCCCGGCACUGGUUCUCCGAAAACGACAUAAAGUGGCCAGACUUAGAUAGCAAGCCAGUGAAGAGAAAGAAAGCGAGCUCACUGGAGAAGCCUCCGGACAUGCCGAAGCAAGUCAUGAUCAUGCAGGACAGGUACGGUUGCCAAGCAGGUGAGCUGAAAGACGUGAAGGGUCAGACCGGCGACCAGCAGAGCUGGAUAUUGACUGGAGGGAAGCAGGUGCCCAAAGCCCAGGAAGGCGUCGGCUGGUCGCGGGUUGAGCCGGAGGAAGCGCCGCCCCCGCCGCCCGGGCCGCCGCCGCCACCGGGGUCUGCAGCCGCGGCGCCAGCGACACGGACGUCAGCGGCACCGACGGCAGCGCAAGAAGCAAAGAUCGCCCAGACGGAGGAGGAGAUCAUGGCGCAGAUGGAGGAGAUGCAGGCGGAGAUGGAUAGGGAAGCCCAGGCGGACCAGACGCCCGUGGUCGCGCCGGCGCCGGCCGCGGCCAAGGGCCCUCCGGAGGCGCCAGAGGCUGCACCCGCGCCCAGGGCGUCGCCAUCACCAGAGCCAGCGCCCGCCACGGGGAGUCAGCCCGACCUCGAGGCAGCCGCCAGGGCUGGCGCCGCCGCCGCCGCUGAGGCCGCCACUAGAAGGGCCGAGGAGGCGGCCAAGAAGGCGGCGGAGGAGUCCAAGGCCGCCGCCGCCGCCACGAGGCCCGGCGAGAAGCGUAGGAGAAAUGCGGCUGCUGAUCUUUCUGCCCGCGCCGCUCGGAUUGCCGCAAAAAAGGCAGCGCGUAGCGCGCCUCAGUCGCAGCAGUCAGAGGUGCUGCUCAGCGACGGCGAGGACGACGUCACCGCUGUGAAUGACGUCACCACCUUGGACGCGGAGCCAGCUACAUCGAAGGCUCGCGGCGCGACUGUGACCCUGGACGACGCCCAGGAGAUCAUGUAG